GCGUAACCCACUUGACUAGUAAUUGUUUGGUUAAGCAAAGUGUUUCAGUCAGGGAGGAUGAGGCUGGUCUGGUUCUUGGCAGUUAUAGCUGCAGUAUCAGCACAUAGCCACCAUCGCUAUCGACAACCUGCACCCGACGGGGACGUUUAUGCGCUGAUUGUGGCAGGUUCCGAUGGCUGGUACAAUUAUCGUCACCAAGCGGAUGCCUGUCAUGCUUACCACACCCUCAAAAAUCAUGGUAUACCAGAAGAAAAUAUCGUUACGAUGAUGUAUGAUGACAUUGCUCACAAUAAACAGAAUCCAUACCCAGGCAAAAUUUUCAAUCGACCUCAUGGUGAAGAUGUGUAUAAGGGAGUGAAGAUCGACUACAAGGGAGAAUCAGUAACUCCGCAAAAUUUCCUGAACAUUUUGAAAGGAAACGCAAGCGGUGUUGUGGGAGGAAAUGGACGAGUUAUCGAGAGCAAUCCGAAUGAUCGUAUAUUCGUCUUCUUCACUGACCAUGGUGGAGUUGGAACGAUUGCUUUCCCGGAUGAAAUGCUAACUGUCAAGGAGCUAAAUGAAGCGCUGAACUGGAUGCAUAAGCAUGAUCGCUACAGUCAACUAGUUUUCUACCUCGAAGCAUGCGAAAGUGGCUCGAUGUUCGAAAAGACUCUGAAGAGUAACAUAGAUGUGUAUGCGGUAACGGCUGCAAAUGGUCAUGAGUCAUCAUGGGGCACAUUCUGCGAGAAUGAUAUGAAGCUGCCGUGCCUUGGAGAUUUGUUUUCGGUAAACUGGAUGGUAGAUAGUGAUGAGGAAGACAUCACCGUUGAGACACUUGAUGAUCAAUACAAACUUGUCAAAAAGCAGACCAACAUGUCCCAUGUUAUGCAUUACGGAAACUUGAGCAUGGGAAUCGAGCCAGUUGGUUGGUUCCAAGGUGAAGAUAAGAUUGAUAGGGAGCCCUAUGUCACGAAGAAAGACGAGAGAAUUGUUUCGUGGCCAUCGAGGGAUGUGGAGCUACUAUAUCUCCACCAGAUAAAGGACGAAACAAACGAUAUUUUCGAAGCAAAAGAAUUAAGCAGAAAAAUUGAGAAGAUUCAUGAUGAUAGGCGUCACAUUAAGAUGUUAAUACACAGUCUCUUAGAUGAUCUUUUGGAUGAUGCAGGAACACGAAGACGCAUGCUGGAAGAGCACAAUCCCAUAGAAGAUGUCGAUUGUCACAGUGAAGUUGUACAUGUGUUCGAUCUGAUCUGUAUUGAUUUGAAUAAGUACGACUACGCCCUCAAGUACAUGUACGUCUUAAACAACUUGUGCAGUGAAAUUGGUGACGCAAAGGAGAUCAUCGAUUCGAUGUGGACUACUUGCUCAAAGACUCGUUUCCGAUUCUUCUGAAGACUUUUAGUUUGAUUGUUAUCACUAUGCCUGUACAGCCAGGAUAGACCAAUAUCCUGCUCGUUCGUUCAUUAAAACAUUUAUUUUUUGCGAGAUUUUUGAUA